AUGUCAAUUAUUAAAUCAAUUUCAUCAAUGGGUCCAGUUAGUGGUGCUUCAUCAAGAAAAUCCAUGUUAAGUUUAUCUGGUGUUUCUUCUUUCACUAAUAAUGAAUCAUCUUGUUUUGGUGGUGGUUUCGGUGGUAGUUUUAAUCCAUGCUUUGAUCCAUGCUGCAAACCAUGUUGUGAUCCAUGCGGUUCUAAUAUCAACUUUAUCAAUAUUGAUAUUGAUAUUGGUCGUAGAAGAUGGUGCUAA